AUUCAUAUUUUUUACGAGUUUGCAACAUCAAAAGUUCGAAGCAAGGCAAUCGAUCAACAGGGCUCAGUCACUCAGUACUAUGCUUAGUACUUUUUUAAAUAUCUAUCGGGAAGUCUGGCUGGGAGAAUGGAAGAAAUUCAGACGCUCAAAUGACUUCUUUUACAAUAACGUGGAGAGGAAAGGAAACACACAAAAAGAUGAUGCGAAUAGCAGUGUGUCAUAUGAAUCUCAAUUUUUUGAACAAGAAAACGAAUUUGGGGAUUUGAAUGAACAAAGUGAAGAUAUUGCUGAAAAUUAUGACAAGCACCAAGAGUUAACCACCAAAACACAGGACUCUGAAGAUAUCUUUACCAAGCAAUCUAUCUCUAUUAUUACAGAGGAACCCAAACAACCAUGUCAACAUAGUCAAAGUCAUUUGUCACCCACUGGCCACUAUACUGGGCUAUUGUUACAGUUUGACUUUGCAUCAAAUGUAUCACGUCAGCAAUCCUUUGUUGUUCAUGAUUAUAAUGCAAACAAAAGAACAAUUAUGCAUAAUUCACUUGUAUUUGUACAUCGAUAUCCCCACCUAUUGCUUGAUGGCUAUGGUUGGAUAUUGUGCUGCUCAUGUGAUGCAAAUAGAAAGCAAUUUGUUGAUGCCCUACCUAAUAAUAUACAAUUAGAUCCUCAAAAAGAUAUACCAUAUCCUAGUUGCAUACACAUAUUAGCAAUGGAAAAAAUAUCUGGUUGUGUAUGAUAGAAAGUUUGGUAUUGAAGCCAAAGAUUUUAUUGAAAAAAAAUCCACAUCCAUGAUGCAGUCUGUUUUCAGUGAUCAUUCCUACCAUGAGAUGCAACCUGAAGAAGUAUAUUUUGUUAUGUGAAAAUAACUUUUUUGUACAAAUACACGUAUUGUUUCUCAA